CUUGCGCAUUCAUCUUUUUUGAGGCAGGCUUGAAGCAGAAAUCAAACUCCUACUUUGUGUAAGUACUUUUUGCUCUCCUCAGCAGCCCCACCCAUUCUUUUUUAGGUCUUCUAGCUUCCUCUUUUCUUAUCCAUACAACUUGUUUGUUGUUCUCUUCUUUUACAGAAGUACUUACAGAAUUGAGUUAGAAGUAGAACUCUGACGAGAGCUUUUUUUCUUGUUUGACAUCGAAGCCACACGUUGUGCAGCUCCUACACAAAAGUGUCUUCGUACCAACAUUCGCGGCGCAACAUGAUUUCGGGGUCGCUUUUUCUCCGCCUGCUGGCGGUCCAGAAGAGUAGCGAUUUCGCUUUCAUCACUGCGAUGAAGCUAGCAACUUUAUCCAAGCCGAAUCAAGACAACGGGGAUAAGGCAGAAGAAGGAGAAGAGAUCGGCACGUGAUGUAGUCACAGUGGCCAGAAACUUUCCGUCAAUCUUACAGAAUGGACUUCUGCCGGGUGGGCUCGGACCUGGCAAAGAUGGUAAACUCGAGGGGCUCGGUUCGCUGCUUUCUGGUGCUGCAGACCAACAAAAUUAC